AUGUGGUUGGGCUGCUCAAUUGGUGCUGGUAGAAAUGAAGUGAUGCACCAAGGUAAGACACUUCUCUAUUAUGACGGGAUUGGUAUAACUGCACGACUUUGUCCCACCAUUCAUGCUUACAUAAUCAGACACUCAAAAAAGUUUUCCUCCUCGAUGUUGCUGCCCAUAGGAAUAUCGAUAAUUUUAACGACAGACACAGCGUUUACUAACUUUGGUGAAUCCGAGUCAAAGGAGUCAAUUAUUAAUACUAGUGUUACCAUAAUUACCAAUGCCAGCAUUAGUCAGCGAGCAGAUUGCAUUAAAGUUCACACAGCAUUCCAUUGCCAGCACCGAACGACUCGAUCUGCUUUACGUGAGUCAUUUCCUUGCAGUUCAGAUCUACCAAAUAAGCUACGAAUCUAG